GCUCGUCUUGUACGUCUUCAGUCUCCGCCGCCACUGCGUCCCUUGAAGGCCAAGCCAAGCCAAGCCAAGCCAUGCUCCGGGGCGCCUUGAGGGGCUUCCCCUUUCGGCUGCCCGCGCGGCCCUUUGCCUGCGGCCCGGCCACGCCGAGGGGGGAAGAAAAACCAUUUUCUUUAAAAGCAAAAUGGAAAGAUACGGCAGAUACAUUAAUUAUUGGAGGAGGUUGUGUUGGUGUGAGCCUUGCAUAUCACCUGGCCAAAGGUGGCAUGAAGGAUGUGCUUCUUUUGGAAAAAUCUGAACUCACAGCUGGAUCUACCUGGCAUGCAGCAGGUUUGACAACAUAUUUCCAUCCUGGAAUAAAUCUGAAGAAAAUCCAUCAUUACAGCAUCAAGCUUUAUGAAAAACUUGAAGAAGAAACUGGACAAGCUGUGGGCUUUCAUCAACCUGGAAGUAUUAGAAUUGCUACAACUCCAACAAGAGUGGAUGAGUUUAAAUACCAAAUGACUCGAGCUGGUUGGCAUCAAGCAGAGCAAUACUUAAUUGAGCCAGAGAAAGUGCAAGAAUUAUUUCCUUUAUUAAACAUGGAAAAGGUUUUAGCAGGUUUGUACAAUCCUGGAGAUGGCCAUAUUGAUCCGUAUUCACUCACCAUGGCCUUGGCUGCAGGAGCCAGGAAGUAUGGUGCCCAGUUAAAUUACCCAGUCCAAGUAACUAAUCUAAAACCCAGAGCAGAUGGGACAUGGGAAGUUGAAACUCCAUAUGGAAUAAUUCAUGCAAAAAGAAUUGUGAACACAGCUGGUUUCUGGGCUCGUGAAAUAGGCAGAAAAAUUGGAUUGCAUCAUCCACUCAUACCAGUUCACCAUCAGUAUGUUGUCACUGCAACUAUCCCUGAAGUGAAAGUCUUGAAAAGGGAACUGCCUGUGCUUCGAGACUUAGAAGGUUCAUAUUACCUAAGACAAGAAAGGGAUGGUCUUUUGUUUGGUCCAUAUGAAAACCAAGAAAAAAUGAAGCUACAGGAAUCUUGGGUAACACAUGGAGUGCCACCAGGUUUUGGCAAGGAGCUUUUUGAAUCUGAUUUGGAUCGAAUAAUGGAUCAUGUUGAAGCAGCAAUGGAAAUGGUUCCUGUCCUGAAACAAGCAAACAUAAUCAAUGUAGUUGCUGGUCCUAUAACAUACUCUCCUGAUAUUUUACCUAUGGUGGGACCUCAUCAGGCUGUUCAAAAUUACUGGGUGGCUAUUGGUUUUGGAUAUGGCAUCAUCCAUGCAGGUGGCAUAGGAAAAUAUCUUAGUGAUUGGAUACUCAGUGGUGAGCCUCCUUUUGAUCUGAUAGAAUUAGAUCCAAAUAGAUAUGGAAAAUGGACAACUGUGGAAUAUACAUCAACAAAAGCAAGAGAAUCCUAUGGAUUUAACAAUGCUGUUGGCUACCCUAAAGAAGAGCGCUUUGCUGGUAGACCUACAGAAAGAGUCAGUGGGCUUUAUGAAGCCCUUAAGUCCAAAUGUUCAAUGGGAUUCCAUGCAGGAUGGGAACAACCUCAUUGGUUCUACAAACCAGGGGAUGAGACUGGAUACAAGCCUAGUUUUCGACGCACAAACUGGUUUGAACCAGUGGGUCGUGAAUAUAAACAGGUGAUGGAAAAAGUGGGUGUGAUUGAUCUUACUCCAUUUGGCAAGUUUAGCAUCAAAGGCAGUGAUUCUGUUAAACUUUUGGAUCAUCUAUGUGCAAAUGUGAUCCCCAAGGUUGGUUUCACAAAUAUAAGUCAUAUGUUAACUCCAAGAGGCAGAGUCUAUGCUGAGCUCACAGUCUCCCAUCUCAGGCCAGGGGAAUUUAUGUUAGUUACUGGUUCUGGAUCAGAGCUUCAUGACUUGAGAUGGAUUGAAGAAGAGGCAAUUAGAGGGCAAUAUAAUGUUGACAUCAAAAACAUUACAGAUGAAAUUGGAGUAUUAGGUAUAGCGGGUCCAUAUGCCCGUGAAGUUCUCCAGAAAUUAACAACAGAAGAUCUCAGUGAUGCUGCAUUUAAUUUUCUACUAUCCAGACAUUUAAAAAUUGCUGAUAUUCCAGUUACUGCAAUUAGAAUAUCCUAUACAGGUGAAUUGGGCUGGGAAUUGUAUCAUGAACGAAAAGAUUCUGCAGCUUUAUAUUCUGCUAUCAUGGAAGCUGGUCAUGAACGAGGAAUCGACAACUUUGGAACAUAUGCAAUGAAUACAUUAAGGCUAGAAAAAGGUUUCCGUGCCUGGGGAGCAGAGAUGAAUUGUGACACCAAUCCUUUGGAAGCUGGACUGAAAUAUUUUAUAAAAUUAAAUAAGCCAGCAGACUUCAUAGGAAAGCAAGCACUGAAAGAGAUGAAAGAGAAAGGGCUUGAACGGCAGCUUGUGUAUCUCACCUUGAAAACAGAUAAUGUUGAUCCAGAAGGAAAUGAGAGUGUCUGGUAUAACAACAAGGUUAUUGGCAACACCACGUCUGGAUGUUACAGCUAUAGGACUCGCCAAAGUUUGGCUUUUGCGUACGUCCCUGUGGAACUCAGCAAAGUUGGGCAGAAGCUGGAAGUUGAACUGCUAGGGGAAAAAUAUCCAGCCACUAUUAUCCAAGAACCACUAGUGAUGACUGAGCCAACGAGAAUGCGACUUCAGAAGAUGGGCAGCAGGAAUGCCAAAACACAGACCUGAGAUGUGUAAUUCUUUCUUACCAACAGUCAAGACUUGAUUAACUUCUAUGUCAGAUUUAUGCACAGACUUAAGUUAAUGAAGCUUAGGGCCUGAGGUUCAGAAGUGUUUCUUAAUGAAUAAAGAUUAAAAAUUACAUUAGAACAACAGAAAAUCUAUCCCAUGAUAAUAUGAGCCUCUUAAACUUGACAUACCUUGGAGUCUCAACAUUUAUAAAAUGGGAUCAUUACAUAUGACAUGUAUAAGUUGAUGUUAAACCCUGUCCAUGCGUUUACCCUUGACACAAUGAUAACCAUGUGAAUAGGAGAACAAGAGCAUUAUUGUUGGUCCAACCCCACCUUGCAUUCUGGUUACUCAGUUCUGUCAUCUUCUACAUGGGCAAAUACUUGCCAAUCUGUUUUCAUAAUCUUGGCUCUAUCCUGCACAGGGAAUCUACAUGAAUGGAACAGAUACUUCAAUACUAAAGUCAUUAAUCAAAAGCAGGAAUGGAACAAUGGGAACCAAUGAGGGCAUAACUUUUCUAAUUGUGAACCUUAUGAGUUGAUUACAAACUGCAUAUGAAAUACAAAACUGCACAUGAUGUGAGUAACAAUAAAAUAUUUUAUGCUUACUAAUA